AAAAUUUACAAUGUUGCUUUCAUUACUAAACUUGUGUUGACUGUGAUCCCACACCAAAAUUCACGAAACAUGGCCGCUGCUGCUCGAGUUUUAUCCCCUUUCUUGGUAUCUGUGAGGCCGCCAAAUGUCGGUGUCAGGUGGUGCUAUUCGUCAACUAGACAUCAAAUGAAAUUGACCAAAUCAACCCGAGUCCUUUGCCAGGGAUUCACGGGAAAACAAGGAACCUUUCACAGCAAGCAGGCCAUUGACUAUGGCACCAACAUGGUUGGUGGAGUUUCCCCAGGAAAGGGAGGCAAAGUCCAUCUCGGUGUACCCAUUUUCAACACCGUUCUAGAAGCUAAAGAAGCAGUGCAACCAGAUGCUACAGUCAUCUAUGUGCCUCCUCCUGGAGCAGCAAAAGCAAUCAUGGAGGCCAUGGAUGCUGAAAUUCCUUUAAUUGUCUGCAUCACAGAAGGCAUCCCCCAACAAGACAUGGUUAAGGUCAAGCAUCGCCUUAUGAGGCAGAACAAGUCCCGUUUGAUUGGUCCCAAUUGCCCUGGAAUCAUCGCUCCUGGCAAGUGCAAGAUUGGUAUCAUGCCUGGUCACAUCCACCAACAAGGAUGUGUUGGCAUCGUUUCACGUUCAGGCACUUUGACCUACGAGGCUGUUCAUCAAACUACUCAGGUGGGUCUAGGUCAAACUCUCUGCGUUGGCAUUGGUGGUGAUCCUUUCAACGGCACCAAUUUCAUUGACUGUUUGGAAGUGUUUCUUAAUGACCCAGAAACCAAGGGAAUUAUUCUUAUCGGCGAGAUUGGUGGUGGAGCUGAAGAACGAGCUGCCGAGUACCUAACUCAACACAAUUCGGGUGACAACAGGAAACCAGUAGUGUCAUUUAUUGCUGGCUUGACAGCUCCUCCUGGCCGACGCAUGGGUCACGCUGGUGCCAUUAUUUCUGGUGGCAAAGGCGGUGCUCAGGAUAAGAUUAUGGCUCUUGAACGAGCUGGUGUUGUUGUUACUCGAAGUCCAGCUCAGUUGGGCACAACAUUGAUGAAGGAGAUGGUCGGCAAAGUUUGAAAACUUAUAAGCAACCCAGGGCAAUCAAAUUAGGUGUGGUUUGAUGAUUAUAUAAAGAAAUAUUAGCCAUCUUUGUAAACUAAUAAAAAAGAUUAGAGAAAAAAACUUCCCGCGGUUUGUACAAUGUUAUUAAAGUUCUUCUCUUAUUUCCAACAAAAACAGGUGUUGAGAGAAAAAUACAAAAAUCAAUUUGAAAGAUCAAAA